CAGAAAAUAAGAUUGCAAAAUAAGAUAGCAGAUCUCAGUGACAGACACAAAUAGUGUAAACCCAUAGCUAAUCUCAAAAGACAAGGAUUUCACCAUCUCUCCAGUCUCUACGCAGGGGGUCACCUGAGAUCACAUAUAACCAUGGUGAAGGCUGUGGCUGUUCUUAGCAGCAGUGAGGGUGUUGGUGGCACUGUCUACUUUACCCAAGAAGGAGAUGGUCCAACUACAGUCACGGGAAGCCUUUCUGGCCUUAAACCUGGACUUCAUGGUUUCCAUAUCCAUGCCCUUGGUGACACAACAAAUGGUUGCAUGUCUACUGGACCACAUUUUAAUCCUGCUGCCAAAGAGCAUGGUGCUCCUGAUGAUGAGAAUCGCCAUGCUGGUGAUCUUGGUAAUGUCACGGUUGGUGAAGAUGGCACUGCAAGUUUCACCAUUGUUGACAAACAGAUUCCUCUCACUGGAGCACAUUCCAUCAUUGGAAGGGCUGUUGUUGUCCAUGCUGACCCUGAUGAUUUGGGAAAGGGUGGCCAUGAACUCAGCAAAAGCACUGGAAAUGCUGGCGGAAGGCUUGCCUGCGGCAUCAUCGGACUGCAGGGUUGAUUAGCCAUGUGGACUACUAGCUGUGCACUUAAAACCGUUGAAAACCUUGAAUACUAGCUGUGCACUUAAAACCGUUGAAAACCUUGAAUACUAGCUGUAUGGAACUUGGAUUACUGUCAAUGGUUUGGUUUAUUUACAAACAAAAGGUUGCUCAGGAUUGACGAACUUAUGGUGUGAUCAUGUAAUGCUUGCUUGCUUGUGAUGGUCUUCUGACUCUGCAAUUGCUUGCUUCCGUUUUUUGUAGAAUGAAAUUUCUGUAAUGCUUGUUACCCCAAAGUGAACUGAAACUUUGAUUCUUGCAACAAGUUUCUAGCCUCCACAUGUACUAUAUUCUGUGGACUACUGGUUUCCACUCUCCACAGUCGGAACAAAUAGUAAUAGAUGCUUUUGUACUCCUUUGGCA